AUGCGUGCGCGAGUGCGAGUGCGUGCGGGAGCGCGUGCGCGAGUGCGUUCGGGAGCGCGUGCGCGAGUGCGCGCGCGAGUGCGAGUGCGUGCGGGAGCGCGUGACGAGUGCGUGCGGGAGCGCGUGCGCGGGUGCGUGCGCGAGUGCGUGCGCCAGCGCGUGCGCGAGUGCGGGUGCGUGCGUGAGCGCGUGCGCGAUUGCGUGCGGGAGCGCGUGCGCGAGUGCGUGCGCGAGUGCGAGUGCGUGCUGGAGCGAGUGCGCGAGUGCGUGCGCGAAUGCGAGUGCGUGCGGGAGCGCGUGCGCGAGUGCGUGCGGGAGCGCGUGCGCGGGUGCCGCGUGCGCGAGUGCGUGCGCGAGUGCGAGUGCGUGCGGGAGCGCGUGCGCGAGCGCGUUCGGGAGCGCGUGCGCGAGUGCGUGCGCGAGUGCGAGUGCGUGCGGGAGCGCGUGCGCGAGUGCGUGCGGGAGCGCGUGCGCGAGUGCGUGCGCGAAUGCGAGUGCGUGCGCCAGCGCGUGCGCGAAUGCGUGCGCGAGUGCGAGUGCGUGCGGGAGCGCGUGCGCGAGUGCGUUCGGGAGCGCGUGCGCGAGUGCGUGCGCGAGUGCGAGUGCGUGCGGGAGCGCUGCGUGCGCCAGCGCGUGCGCGAGUGCGGGUGCGUGCGUGAGCGCGUGCGCGAUUGCGUGCGGGAGCGCGUGCGCGAGUGCGUGCGCGAGUGCGAGUGCGUGCUGGAGCGAGUGCGCGAGUGCGUGCGCGAAUGCGAGUGCGUGCGGGAGCGCGUGCGCGAGUACGUUCGGGAGCGCGUGCACGAGUGCGUGCGCGAGUGCGUGCGGGAGCGCCGCGUGCGUGAGUGCGAGUGCGUGCGGGAGCGCGUGCGCGAGUGCGCGGGGGAGCGCGUGCGCGAGUGCGUGCGCGAGUGCGAGUGCGUGCGGGAGCGCGUGCGCGAGUGCGUGCGGGAGCGCGUGCGCGAGUGCGUGCGCGAGUGCGUGUGGGAGCGCGUGCGCGAGUGCGAGUUCGUGCGGGAGCGCGUGCGCGAGUGCGUGCCGGAGCGCGUGCGCGAGUGCGUGCGCGAAUGCGAGUGCGUGCGCCAGCGCGUGCGCGAGUGCGAGUGCGUGCGGGAGCGCGUGCGCGAGUUUGUUCGGGAGCGCGUGCGCGAGUGCGUGCGCGAGUGCGAGUGCGUGCGGGAGCGCGUCCGGGAGCGCGUGCGCGAGUGCGUGCGCGAGUGCGGGUGCGUGCGGGAGCGCGUGCCCGAGUGCGUGCGGGAGCGCGUGCGCGAGUGCGUGCGCGAGUGCGUGCGCGACUGCGAGUGCGUGCGGGAGCGCGUGCGGGAGCGCGUGCGCGAGUGCGUGCGCGAGUGCGUGCGCCAGCGCGUGCGCGAGUGCGAGUGCGUGCGGUAG